AUGAAGCCCGCGAAGAAAUGCAAUACGCUGUCAAAAGCGAGUAGAAAUAAGCUUAUCAUGCACACAACUUUGGGUGCUACUCUCAUAAUGCUCGCAAUUACAUCAUAUAUACUGGAUCCUGUCUAUCUAAUCGCUAAAUACCAAUUGCGUUUUGCACGUGGCACAAAGUUCUACGACUUGCUGAAAGCUGACGAGAUACAAGGAGCCUACGUAUCUGCAUACUUGUUUAACGUCACCAACGAGAAGGAGUUCCUCAGCGGACAAGAUCACCAGCUCAAAGUGCAAGAGGUCGGCCCAUUCACGUACCAGGAGAAACGAAUAAACAAAAAUUUCGAGCUGGAUGAAGAGUUGCAGGAGCUGCGUUACAACCCCUAUAUUACAGCGACAUUCGUACCCGAGAUGUCUAUUGGUGACCCAGCGGAUUUCAACGUGACUCUUCCGAAUCCGGUGUUAUUGGCAGCAUCCACAACCAUGUCGACGUAUUCAUUCUGGAGCCAGAUAGCUCUGAACAUACUUACAAAGCGAUACGAAUCUAAGGCGUUAUUAACAAAGCGUGUCCAGGACUUCCUCUGGGGCUACGAUGAGCCCCUCCUUGCGUUGGGAAACACCGUGAUGCCUGGCUGGAUCAACUUCAGGAAGAUGGGCUUCUUAGAUAGGCUCUACGAUAACACCCGACCCUACAAGAUAGAACUGAGCGUGAACGAUGAGGAUAAAUUUAAGAUCAAACGUGUUAAUGGAGUCAGUGGAUUGGCGUGUUGGAACUAUGAAAACCCUAGUUUACGUACUCGGUGCAACAGUUUCGAAGAUGUUUAUGAAGGCUUCUCCUACCCACCUGGUCUGACGCCGGAGACACCAAUCAGAAUAUAUCGGAACGUCUUCUGCAGAAUUCUGGAGCUCGAUUAUGCGUAUACGAAAACAGUGGACUACGGCCCAGAAGGUUACCUCUACAAGAUCAGUAACCGCACCUACACAAUGAACCCUGACAAAAAAUGUUUAUGCAAUCGACUAGGAUGCGUCGAUGGACUGUCCGACUUGUCGCCUUGCUUUUAUGGCUUUCCUUUCAUGCUGUCCAAUGCGCAUUUCUACGGCGCCGACCCCAAAGUGCACGAGCGCUUGGAUGGCAUCGCUCCGGUCGAGGAGAAACAUGGCGGAUCAUUCUUAGUAGAAUGGAAACUCGGUACGGCUUUGAUGACGUCGAUGACGUUCCAGCUGAACAUCCCGGUGGGCGACGUCAGCUUCAACAAGGAGGUCAAGCCCUUCUCCAACAUGACUAUCCCAAUUGUUUAUUUCUUAGUGACUCAACCAGAACUUGCGGAUAACGUGAAAACAGCGUUUUGGUUCAUCUACGUGGCAGGUCCUUACACGAUGCUGGCAGUUGAGAUACUCCUAUUCACGACAGGCCUCAGUCUACUGGCCUUCACAACGCGUUCGUUCUUUUGGAACUUGUACAUGAACGAAACUAGCAUCGGCUUCCAAGUAGCGAAAACCCCAAACAAACUGAACUGUGAAUUACCGUUAAUAACUGACAAGGAACAACUAUAUCAGUGCGUUUCAUAG